AUGGUUGAGUUGCCGUUUUCCCCCCCCCCCCCCCCCCCUCUUCCUUGCCCUAUAGUGCUAUGCAUGCCUUCUUGCUUUCGUUGCGUAAGCUUUCUUUUUUUUCUUUUUGUUUUUCUUUCUCUGGUUCUUUUUUUUGGGGGUGGGUGGGUGGGGCGCCGCAGUGUCUUUUGGCCGGAGGAGGACGGCGUUACAGGGACGUCGAUUAAAAAAAAAGGAACAGACGUGCUUACACGUUUUACCUAUCAGCAGCACACGGUACAGAUGCCGAUGCACGUGCCGGACCCCGCGCCCUGCGCUGUUGAGUCCACAUUGUGGCGCUCGUGUCUAAAGGAGUUUGACUACGGCCCGGAUCGUCCCAAGGGGGCUUGUGAGAAGCAACGUGCCGGCUACUACGCCUGCAUCAGGACGUGGAGAGAAAGACAGAACGAAGUGUACGAUUACAACCGGUUUAAUUUAGUGAAGGAGUGCGCAAAGGAGGCGGAGAAGUUGCACCAAUGCAUGAUGGUCAACAUGUUUGAGGCAUCGCGCUGUCAGGAGACAAUGACGCAAUUGAAGCGAUGCGCUGCGCGACACGAUCCGGAGGUGCGGAGGGCUUUAGCAGAUGAUCCCACACUUAUCAUGUCGGAGGAGGAGGAGCCGCAGGGUAUCAAGCGGCUGUGGUACCGCGCCAUUGGCAAACUGUGA